ACUCACUGGGUGAUGUCAUAGGGGGUGGGGCCAGGGCAGACAUCCAGCAAGGCAGAUGCUAAUCACCUUGCUGUGUGCAGACAGUGCAGGAUAUCGGAGGAUCAGAAUCAUGGGGAAAGUGCUGUUCUGGUUUUUCCUGGCUGGAGUUUGCUGUUCACUAGCUGAAGUUAUUGAUGAGGAGGAAUUGCCUGCAACUGAAAUAGAAACAACGCUUGUCAGUACAACUCCAUUAACCACAAAAGCAACACACUCAAACAUUGUAGACUCUACCUCGGACACUUGGUCAGACCUCUUUCCUUGGGCAACAGAAUUUACAACCACUUCUACACCAGCAAUACAAAAUGAAACAGAGGCUCCUAAAUACGAAGACUCAAUUGAAGAUGACCAAGAUGAGAAAAUAUCCUCUUCAGAAAACGCAUGUAAUGGAGACUUUUCUAAAACAGAGAUGAACCAAUUUGCAGAUGCCAUGAUGAAAUUUAGCACAGACCUUCUAAAACAAGUUCACUUGGGAUCCAAAAGCUCCAAUGUGGUUGUUUCACCUUUAAGCAUUGCUCUGGGGCUCUUACAGUUGACUUUAGGUGCAGAGAAGGAAACUGAAAAAAAGCUGUUGGAGACACUCCAUGUGGAAUCCAUGCCAUGCCUUCAUGAAAAGAUGCACAAAGUUACAAAGCGGCUAGUACAGACUGCGCUAAAUAUAGCUUCUCGCAUGUAUGUCGACAAAAGUUUUAAAAUGAAAGAAGAAUUCCUUGUGAAGUCUGCAAAACUUUACGGAUCAAAGCCGGUAAAUUUGGGCCCAGACAUGAGUCAGAAUUUGGAAUCCAUCAACAAGUGGGUCAGUGAUGCAACAAAGGGAAAGAUCACAGACUUUCUCUCAAGUAUCUCGGAAAAAGUUGUGCUAAUACUUCUCAAUGCCAUCCAUUUCAAAGGUGUCUGGAAAAAUAAGUUUGACCCCAGAAUGACUUCUGAAGAUACAUUUUAUGUUAACGAUGAGGAGAGCAUGCUUGUGGAUAUGAUGCAGGCAAAUAAGUAUCCUUUGCGUUUCUUUACGUCUGAAAAGUUGGAUAGUCAGGUGGCCAAGCUGCCUUUUAAAGGAAACAUGAGUUUUGUCAUAGUGAUGCCUCAUCAGAUGGAGUGGAAUGUCUCAAAUAUUCUGGAUAAGCUGAAUAAGAGUGAACUUUACAGUCGUUUGCACAGGGAGAAACCAACUGCAUUGAGAGUUCCAAAGUUGAAUCUGAACUUUAAACUUGAACUUACAAAUGCUCUAUCUAGUCUCGGACUUGGCCAGCUGUUCAGAAAACCAGAUUUGGGGAAGAUCUCAGAUGAUGAGUUGGUUGUGUCCAGUGUAGAACAUCAGUGUACGCUGGAUCUUAAUGAGGAAGGUGUGGAGGCUGCUGCAGCCACGGCAGUUGUGACCUCUCGCUCUCUGUCAACCUUCAGUGUCAACCGACCAUUCCUAUUCCUUCUGAUUGAUGACAACACUGGCUUGGUCCUGUUUUUUGGAUAUGUUCGUGAACCCAAACCUUCCUCUCCUAGAAAGAAGAAAGACCCUGAAACCAAGUUCUUAUCAAAGGGUGCUAUACCAAAAUAGGAUGUUUUGGUUUUUGGAAGGAGCUUCAGCAAUCCAUGUAGGGAUGUUUGACGUUGUCACUAAUGGAUUCUGCAUAUUGAACAUUUGGAAGGCGUGUAUCGGUCUGUAAUGACAACCAGCUCUCUUUUUUUUAUUUUUAUUUUUUUUAAGAAGUUCGCAGGAGCUGAAAAUCUAGAAAUGUGGACAAUCCUUUACAGUUAUGUUCCCACAGGUUCUUUGUUUCUGUAUAAAUGGUUAUUUUAAUGCAGAUGCAACAUUGCUCAGACAGUACUGAUAUUGAUCGGUUUGUAUAUCCUGCUGUCCAUUGUUUCAUAUUAAAUUUUCAUGAACGUUC